UUCCAAUGUUUGGGUUUCUUUUUAUUGUGACAAUUUUUCUGGCGGGUUGAAGAGUGAAAAUGCUUGCAGCUCGUAUAUUAUUAAAGAAUUCUUCAUUGAAGGCAAGCGCAAUCCGUACGUUUCAAACAACAUUUCCAGUAAUGAUUAAGGUUGGCGAUACACUUCCUUCCGUGGAGUUGUUUGAAGGUUCACCGGCAAAUAAAAUAAAUAUCUCGGAGUUGACCGCCAAGAAAAAGGUUGUUAUUUUUGGUGUACCCGGAGCGUUUACCCCUGGUUGCUCUAAGACUCAUUUACCCGGUUAUGUUGACUCUGCAGAUGAAUUGAAAAAGGAGCUAAAUGUGAACGAAGUAAUUUGCAUUUCUGUAAACGAUCCCUUUGUUAUGUCAGCAUGGGGCAAAGAACAUGGUGCAGAUGGUAAAGUUCGCAUGUUAGCAGAUCCUUCGGCUGCUUUUGUUAAAGCUAUGGAUCUUACUAUAGACUUACCACCAUUGGGAGGCAUGCGUUCAAAGCGGUUUUCAAUGAUAGUAGAGGACGCAAAGGUGUUGGCAUUGAAUGUCGAACCUGAUGGUACUGGACUUAGCUGCUCAUUGGCUCAAAAUAUUAAAAAUAAAUAAAUUAAAAAUUACUUCAUCUGUAAAAACAUUCAAUAUGCUACACAUAUAGAUAUAUGGUAAAUUCUUUUGUGAAUACAGUAUGUAAGCUGCUUACUUGCGGCUGUAGAAAAUUAA